CCUUCGUUUUCUGGUUCCUCUCAAGAGCAUACUGCCCCAUUGAAGUGCCCCAAAUUGGUCAUCUUGGCCAAGGCGGUAAAGGCCGACUUGGACGGUUAAUCUCCGCCUCCCCAUUUAGCACUCACAGCUCUUUACCUAGGGAUUCCAACUGUCAUCUUCAGCAUUCAUAGUUAUCAUUUGUUUAAGUGUUUAACCAUACCUUAGUUAUUACUUCUAUCCUUGAUUCGUUUUUUUUUUUUUUUUUUUCGUUUGGUGGGGGAAAAAUACCAAACCAGUUACCAGACAAUCUUUCACCAUGGAUGAUGUUCUUGCAUCUGUCCAGGAUAUCUUCGAAGGCCAGAUAGACUUCCAUGGCCAGCGCAUGGCUGAAAUAUUGUCUACGGCUCUUUUAAUUAUAUCUGGGGUUGUUGCUUUCCUCGCCGGAUAUAUUUACCGGGAUAUACAUCUCACACUCUGGGUCGGCUUGGCAGGUACACUGGUAACUGGACUGGCUGUUAUCCCUCCUUGGCCUAUGUACAAUAAGAGCCCUGAGAAAUGGCUCAUUCCGUCGGCCGGGAGAGUUGGUGGCGCACAGGUCAUGGUAGAUGGAACUCAAGUGGCAUGAAGUACAAGCAUGAUUCAGGGGGGAUUGACUCGGAAGAUAUCGAAUCGGACACUAUUUAACUCUACACAACCAAGAAGCCGCAUUUAUCAUCAGAGUAACCACCGCAAAGGUGCGAAAAACAAACCUGAACGC